AACACCAUAAUUGACCUUAGUGGGUGAAGAGGACUCUCCAUUUACAUGUACAAAUGGACUACUUGCACUACGGCAUGUGACGUAUUUCCGUUUCCAAAUACUACCGCUUGGGCGUUUCCGGUAUGUUUGUUUAUCUAUCGGUAGCUACGCUAAUGUCACUUCAGAAUGAGUAUAAAAAGGAAAGUAUUUAAAACAGAACAUUUUCAAAAACAGGAGAAGAAAUACUCCGAGCAUUGCUGUGUCCCACUUUGUUCGGCUUCAGCCAAAUUUAACGGCAUACUAAGUUUUCAUGGCUUUCCGACCCAUUCCGACUUGAGAAGACAAUGGCUGGUAAACAUACGCCGGGAUCAUUUCAUGAUUACCUCUCACACCAGGGUCUGCAGCAGACACUUUUCCAGUGAUCAACUCAUAGAGCCAACAACCCUUGAUGGUCGAAGGUGGCUUAUUAAAGGUGCUGUACCAACACUUUUUGAGUGGAAUGGCUAUAAAGUUGAACCACCGCGGCGUAGUGUUUGGGAGAGAACGGAGCGACGCCCUGAACUAGUUCCUCCUGACGAUCAAGAAGAGCACAGUCUUACAAGAGAUCAUGACUACUGCUCAGUCCCUGAGCCGUCUGCAUUGGACAUAUCUGCAUCAGCUGCAGAAGACCUGUCCAAAGACGUGGAGACUCUGAGGAAGGAAAUACAGGAGUUACGUGUCCAGCGAGAAUUUGGGUUACAGCGCUUUGCUGGCUCUGACACUGACAUCCGAUUCUACACCAGAUUUCCAAGCUAUGAUCAUUUGAUGGCAUUUUGGUUUUUGAUUGAGCCUUGCAUCUACAAAAUGAUCCGGGUUUCAAGAGCCAAGUCAGCUGCCAAUAGGAACGAAGAAGUGCUGACACCUGCACGCACAUCAACGAGGCAGCUGCUACAGCCAAUUAACGAGUUCUUUCUUGUCCUGGUUUUCCUGUCAGUUGGUUUGAAGGAGAGGGACCUGGCACACUGAUUUAACAUACACCAGUCCACAGUGAGCCGCAUUAUCGCAACAUGGACAAAUUUUCUUGCCACUGCACUGGGGUCUCAAUGCAUCUGGCUUACACGUGAAGAAGUGCAAGCUUACCUCCCUGAGGAAUUCAAAGAUUUCUCAGACACCCAGAUGAUCCUUGACUGUACAGAGCUGAGGUGUCAGACACCAUCCUCACCACUUCUCCAAAGUGAAAUGUACUCUUCGUACAAAUCCCACUGCAUGAUGAAAGCCCUGGUUGGCAUAGCUCCACAUGGUCCAAUGACAUUCAUCUCUAAUCUGUAUGCUGGUUCGGGUAGUGACAAGGAACUAUUUAAACAAUCAGGCAUUGCUGAGAAGUUGACUGAAGACAUGGCAGUGAUGGUAGAUAAGGGCUUCCUAAUCACCGAUUGUUGUUAAUGCAAAGUGUACUGCCCGCCUUUUCUAUCUAAGCAGAAGCAGAUGCCAGCAUACCAGGUUAAGGAGACGCAGGCCAUAGCCAGACUCAGGGUACAUGUGGAGCGAGUCAUUAGGAGGAUAAAACAGAACAAACUUUUUGAUAGCAUUAUUGCCAUGUCACAUGUUUACAAUAUCAACCAACUGUUUGCAGUAGCAUGCAUGCUGUCAAAUUACCAGAACACAGCAUUAGUUAAAAAAUGGGUUAAGUGAGACAAGAUGGACUUUUCCCCAGACACCAGUGCCAGUACAACUUAUAGAAAAUGACCUGCAGCUGAGGCCACUACAGUUGCAUUUCUUCCUUGACAAAACUUGAUUACAGAACUGGUACUUGAGUGCUGAUAGUUGAGUUCCAGUUAUUGAUAAUUCUAAUUCAUUGCAAAUGUUGAAUGUUAAUAAUACUGUUUAAUUAUACUACAUUACUAUUCAUAUUCAACAAAAUUGUUUAUCAAAAUUAUAAAGUAAAUCACUAAAUUGUUUUAAAAUCAUAAGUGACAUUGUGCUUUAGUAACAUCCAAAAUACCAUUUGUCAUUUUCUUCCCUCAGUUGUGUUAUUGUCUAAAUGUAUGUCAGUAUGCUAGGCAUGGAGUUUUAAAUACUUACCAUGUAAAUAAGUUCUGCACAAAUUCAAUGUUUUAAUGUGUGUUUUUAAAAAACGAAAUUGAUGCCAUUGCUUAAAUAACAGUUUACUGAUUUCACAUAAAAGUAACUUGUAACAACAAAAAAAUUCAUGAAAUACUUUGCAAAUAAAACAUCAGUUAUUUUGUUCCAGCCAGCCUGAAGGAUCUGUUUUCCUUUUUGCUAUGUUUUCACUGUUCAUUUUUCCAAACACAGGUAUCUUGGCAUAUAUAUGUAAAAAAAGAAGUAGUCAGCCUUUUCUCUGAUUGCAUUGUGCACAUCUGUAUCCAUGUAUAUUCUUUGCACUAGGUAGUCCUCUUGUGCCCACACGACAAAGUCACACCACUGCAUCCCACUGAUGAGCAGUUGUCCUUGCACUUGCCAGUAAUAUGCGUGGCUCUUUUUUAGUUUAGGGGUACCACAUUCCAUCUGCACAUAUUUGCAGUCAAUAAAGUUUUGUGCAAGCCAGGGGGCAAUGGGGUGAAUGACCAGGCCACAGGGUGAGUAGUUAACAUUCAUUAGCCUACUAUACUCUGCUGCUAUUGCAGGCUCCAUCUCAGUUCCUCUCCUCAUGUCUGCUGUCUGCCUUGUUCCCUUCAAUAUACGCUCUGCUAGUGACUCUGCCGAGCUCUGGCCUCUGACGUGACGUCACUCUGGGCCUGCGGAGCUGAUGCCACUCAGACGAAGAGCUUUGCUCACGUGUAGCUUCCUCUAUUUUGUGAGCCAUUUCCAGAGUUACAGACAAGCUUUUCAGAUGCAGAAGCUCUUCUUCUGAGCACACAAACACACAAUCUGAUGGCAAGAUGUCAUACCCCUCCAGAGGCAAGUGCGGUGUUGGUGGUGCAUCACGGUGUAGUGUGAUGUACCGGGUUGUCAAAACCGGCUGCUGAUAUGACAGAACACUGCCCUCUUGCACCAGCCCAAAAGCACUUUCCACAAGGGGCUUAUCAGGUCUCAUGUUCAUUGUGGUCACAAGUGGCCUGUCCUCAAUAUUAAAUUUUGCAUAUGCCUCCGUUAUUCUGAACAAGCAGGGAUCUGGUAACAGAGCCACCAUGCCUCUGUAGAAAC